UUUCCCCCCUUUUGAAGCACUGCUAAGAAGGAUAAUAUUUUGAGUUUUUAUGAUUGAUACCCGUAAUAUUGCUUUACCAUCUGCGUCCAUCUUUUCAAUUGUGUGACCGAGUCAGUAAACCUCAUCAAAACAACAACAACAUCAUCAUCACCAUGUCCGCCAGCCCGCCCAUCCACUCCGGCUCAGACGCCGCCCAGAUCGCAUCUACCUGCGCCUCGCUCAGCAUCACCACGACCGAGUUCGCCGAGCUGCAGAAGCGCGCCACCGCCGCAAAGGCCACGGCCUACUGCCGCUACAGCCGCUUCCGCGUCGGCGCCACGCUGCUGUGCGCGGACGAGGCCGGCGACGUGGUCUAUGUGCCGGGCGCCAACGUCGAGAAUGCGUCGUAUCCCGUGGGCACGUGUGCCGAGCGCGUGGCCUUUGGCACGGCGGUGACGAGCGGCAUCAAGACGUUCCGGGCCAUUGCCGUGGCGACGGAUAUCAGCCCGCCGGCUAGUCCUUGCGGCAUGUGCAGGCAGUUCAUCCGCGAAUUUUGCACGCAGGAGACGCCCGUCAUCAUGUUUGACAAGAACUCGGACUAUGCGGUCCUGACGGUGGAACAACUUCUUCCAAUGUCCUUUGGUCCAGACGCUCUGCCGCCUCCUGGCGCCCCUGGAUACUAAGAUUUGAUGUCUUGGCUGUGCUUGACACUAUUGACGCCGUGCGGCUGCUGCAAGGAGUACCGGGGAUGGACGGGAGGACUAGUGGCACUCGGCUCGUGCCUGAUAGGAUGAUUUAUGGUUGUUUUUUGUCAAUCUAUUCUUUAUUUAAUAAUGACACAGACUAAUUUGAGAUAAUGCAUGUCUUGGAA